AUGGCCGAAGUCAAAGAGGAGAGAGACCGAGAGGGCCGCAGUGAGAAGAAGAGCUUCUGGGGCAGCAUUUUCCGCAACAGGAGCCUGGCAAAGAAAGGGAGACUGGAAAAUCCGGAAUCGCGCAGGGCGAGCGAUGGGGAUGUCGUCCCGCGGAGACGCAAGUCAUUACCAAACAUGCACAAGGCCUCGAGAACAGUCGAGUCUCCCAACGGCCACCCAAGCGUCCACCCAGAUCACCCUCGCUCGCGCAGACGACCUAAAAGGCCAGAUCCUGCAAGAGCCAAAGGAAAGGGUCGCGCGCAUCCCAAUGGCAUUAUUGUCGAGCAGGGACCACUAACAGAGUGGCCGCCCUCCGGCAUGUCAAGCCAAGAGGAGCUCACCCUCGGCCAUGCCAUGGAACUCGUCUCGCGCGGCGCCCCCGCCCACAAAGGCCAUAAGCGUCCCGUACCUCACGCAUCCGAUCAUUACUAUGCCCUCUACACCACGUCCGCAGGAAACGAUGCUGAGGAGACGGAUAUCGUCAAUUUGCACGACCACAUGACCCAACUCAUGACUCUCCGUAUGCAGGGUGGCGGUUCAGCGAUAUAUCCAUGGGAGUCUUUGGAACAGCCGAGCUUUGCAUUCUUUUAUGGUCAACAACCUGGCACCAUCACCUUGAACCAGUGGGCUUGUAUGGCCAGUAUCAAGCCUCCGACAAUCGGUUUGAGAGACUCGGGCGCCACGGCUCGAGAGGUCGGUUUGGAUCGUAUCUUUGAGCGUCUCAAGGAGCUGGAAACGGGUUUGGAAGACGAUGACGAAGAAUGGAUGUACAAAAGCUUAUAUCGCCGCUUCCUCCGCGACCCCGACAAGAUGAUGAGCCCACACAAAGGACUCGACAAGCAGAUUACCGAUCUGAUCAUGGUCUUGUCCCGUCCGGACUGGAUCGACUUCACCGAUCCCAAGAAUCAAGUCGUCACUCGCUUCAUCUUCGACCCGAGCCACGGAAGUCAGCAGCAGUACAUCAAGUUUUGCCACCAGCUCGUGCUCAGCAUGGAACUAGAUCUACGGAUUAAUUCGCGGCUGCACGGGGAAUGGGCCAAGGAGAAGCUACUGCCUCAACUACCUCCCACCAUCCAGUGGGAUCUUGCCCUUGCCAGACGCUGGCGAGAACACGUGAGGGUUGAGGGGUAUGGAAAGUCGGUGGAAGACAUCAAUUUGCGCUUCAGGCUGAAGAAACGCCAAAUCAAGAUGUUACGGCGCUUUGCGCAGAUGAUGAAAUGGCCCAACUUAGGCCAUACUCUUGAUAAGUUGAAACAGAGGGAUGUGGACGCGACCCUAGACAUUAUCAGUUCCGACGCAUUGGCUUUCUUCAGCGGUCUCGUGCUCCCCGGUACAAAGUCAACUUUUCCGUUCCUCAUCAUGAACACCCUCGUCGACAUUGAUCCCGACAGGGCUACCGACUCCCUGGCCAUGAUGACGCACCUCCAUCCUCACUGUGGGUUUCAAUAUAGGAAUAGUUACACCUACUGGACUGCUGCUUCGAUCGUCGGAAAAGUACUUGCCCCGACAUGUCGAUCUCUAGCAGGCUGGGUCGGGCCAGCCCGUCCGACCGCCGAUCUUGGCCGAUCGCAAAUUGCCCGUGUACGAUCACGGCGUCCUCGACAGCGCAUGACCCCCGAAGACGUACAGUCAAUGAGCGAAAGGUCUGACCCCCUCGGCCCCCCGGCAGAGGUAUUCCCGGUCAAGGAAUACAAGCUCGUGGCCCCCGAUGCGGACGACAUUGUUGAUACCGUCCGUAUCGAGCUGCUCAGCUUCGAGGCUGUCCCAGACCGUUUCCAGGAACCUCCACCAGCACCGCGGGUAUUCGAUGCAACCAUACAAUUCGCAGUGGAUGGAGUGUCGUGGCCUAUGCGCCUAACGUAUGAUGUGUCCUUCAUUUCAGCUUGGCCUUGUUCGGGUGGCCCGCAUCCGCUAUUCUUCGACUACGUCUUCCAGGCUGUUAAGGCGGAUGAGAUCAUGAACAUCAAGGACUGGGGUGGGCUGUAUGGGCAAUCACCAAGUGCACGCAGUUCCAGGACAAGUUCUACAGCAGGUCCACACACAGUAAGCAGCCAAGAUCAAGUCGAUGAGGAGCAGGUGUUGGUGGUGGAGGCAUUUGGAGUGAGGGACAACGAGGUCCUGGCACGAGCCUGGUGUUCACAUUGGGGGCUGAGUGCCGUGAUUGCUGAUAUUCGCAAGACUUGCAUGGCUUGUGCUAUUCGUGAGGCAUACGCAGCAACUUUGACAGUGGUGGUUCUGGUGGACGACCAGGAAUACAACACGGACGACUAA